CCCCGCCCCAGUCUCCCGCAGCCGCUGCGGGAACGGUCAGCUGCGCAUUGCGGGUGGGACCAGAGAAGUGUGUUCGCCUCCUCCUGGGUCUGUGGAUGGGAACAAGGUGGCGUCCCCGGCGGCAGAGCGCGCAGGGAUUUCCUCUGGGUCAUCCAAAAUGCUUUCCGAGCACACUGCGUAAGAGCUGAGCCACCUGCCCGUUUGGGACUGCCAUACUCUCUGCUCCACUGUCUCCCGAUGGCAUUUUGACUGCAUCGAGGCCACGUGACCUGCUGCUCAUGAUGAGUGAUGAGAAGAACCUUGGGGUGUCCCCAAAAUUGGUCUCCCCUUCCAGGAGCCCGAGUACCUGCUCCUCCAAGCAGGGAAGUCGGCAGGACAGCUGGGAGGUGGUGGAAGGACUGAGGGGAGAGGUGAAUUACACCCAGGAGCCACCAGUUCAGAAAGGAUUUUUGCUGAAAAAGCGGAAGUGGCCCCUGAAAGGCUGGCACAAGAGAUUCUUCUAUCUGGACAAAGGAAUCUUGAAGUAUGCCAAGAGCCAAACUGAUAUCGACAGGGAGAAGCUGCACGGCUGCAUCGAUGUGGGGCUCUCGGUGAUGUCUGUGAAGAAGUCAUCCAAGUGCAUAGACCUGGACACUGAGGAGCACAUCUACCACCUGAAGGUCAAGUCAGAUGACGUCUUUGACGAGUGGGUGUCCAAACUCCGCCACCAUCGGAUGUAUCGUCAGAAUGAGAUCGCCAUGUUUCCCCACGAAGUGAACCACUUCUUCCCGGGGCCCUCCGUCACAGACUCCGCGCCUGGGGUCUCGGACUCCCUCUCAAGUAGGAAGCGUAGCAGUAUAUCAAAGCAGAACUCGUUUCAAACCGGAGGCAGUUUAUCCUUUUCCUGUGGAGAGAUUCGCGUCCCAUUGUGGUUGCAGUCUUCGGAGGACAUGGAGCAGUGCUCGAAAGACCUGGCACACUGCCACUCCUACCUGGUGGAAAUGAGCCAGCUCCUGCAGAGCAUGGACGUCCUGCAUCGGACGUAUUCGGCGCCAGCUAUCAACGCCAUCCAGGGUGGAGCUUUUGAAAGUCCCAAAAAGGAGAAAAGAUCGCACAGGAGGUGGCGGUCCCGAGCUAUUGGCAAAGAUGCUAAAGGAACACUACAGGUCCCUAAACCUUUUGGUGGCCCACAAAGACUGCAUUCUUCCAAUCCUAAUUUGUCGACACUAGAUUUUGGAGAAGAGAAAAAUAAUUCUGAUGGCUCUGAAACCUCAUCUGAGUUUUCUAAAAUGCAAGAAGAUCUGUGUCAUAUUGCCCAUAAAGUUUACUUCACUUUAAGGUCGGCUUUUAAUACCAUCUCAACGGAGAGAGAGAAGCUGAAGCAGCUGCUGGAGCAGGACGUCGCGUCCCCCUCCGCGCAGGUCAUUGGUCUGAAGCGUGCCCUGUCAUCCGCCCUAGCACAAAACACAGACCUUAAAGGACGCUUGCGCAGAAUCCAUGCCGAGUCCCUGCUCCUCGAGCCCCCCGCUGCUGACAGCCUGGCAGAGGAAAACUCCACCGAUGACAACCGGCCCCUGGUCCAUCAGCUUUCUAAUGAGAGCCGGCUCUCCAUCACUGACUCCCUGUCAGAGUUCUUCGAUGCCCAGGAAGUCCUGUUAUCGCCCAGCUCUUCAGAAAAUGAGGGUUCUGAGGACGAUUCAUAUGUCAGUGACAUAAGUGAUAACCUUUCCUUGGACAAUCUCAGUAAUGACUUAGACAAUGAGAGACAAACCUUGGGGUCCGUUCCUGAAAGCGGUGGGGAAGCCAAGUGCAGGAGGAGGACGUGCCUGCCGGCGCCCUGCCCCAACAGCAGCAGCGUCAGCCUGUGGAACAUCCUGAGGAAUAACAUCGGGAAGGACCUGUCCAAAGUGGCCAUGCCCGUGGAGCUGAACGAGCCGCUGAACACGCUGCAGAGGCUCUGCGAGGAGCUGGAGUACAGCGAGCUGCUGGACAAGGCCGCGCGCAUCCCCAGCGCCCUGGAGAGGAUGGUGUACGUGGCCGCCUUUGCCGUGUCGGCAUACGCGUCCAGCUACUACCGUGCUGGGAGCAAGCCCUUCAAUCCGGUUCUUGGAGAAACAUACGAGUGUAUUCGUGAGGACAAGGGCUUCCGGUAUUUUUCAGAACAGGUCAGCCACCACCCACCUAUCUCUGCAUGUCACGCUGAGUCUGAAAAUUUUGUUUUCUGGCAAGAUGUGAGAUGGAAAAACAAAUUCUGGGGCAAAUCCAUGGAAAUCGUUCCCAUUGGCACAACCCAUGUGACUCUGCCGGCUUUCGGGGACCAUUUUGAGUGGAACAAAGUCACCUCCUGCAUCCAUAACAUCUUAAGCGGGCAGCGGUGGAUUGAGCACUAUGGGGAGAUUGUCAUCAAGAACCUGAAUGACGACUCCUGCCACUGCAAAGUGAACUUCAUCAAGGCAAAAUACUGGAGCACGAACUCCCGCGAGAUCGAAGGUACGGUGUUUGACAAGAGUGGGAAGGCGGUGCACCGGCUCUUCGGGAAAUGGCAUGAGAGCAUCUACUACGGCGGCCCGUCCUCCUCCACCUGUGUCUGGAGAGCCAAUCCCAUGCCCAAAGACUAUGAGCAAUAUUAUGGCUUCACACAGUUCGCACUAGAAUUAAAUGAAAUUGAUUCAUCCUUGAAGACUUUAUUACCACCUACUGACACUCGAUUUAGGCCAGACCAAAGGUUUCUGGAAGAAGGGAACGUGGAGGAAGCCGAGGUGCAGAAGCAGAGGGUUGAGCAGCUGCAGAGGGACAGGCGGCGGGUCUUGGAGGAGAACAACGUGGAGCACCAGCCGCGGUUUUUCAGGAAAUCCGCUGAUGACUCCUGGGUGAGCAACGGCACCUAUCUGGAACUGAGGAAAGAUCUCGGUUUUUCCAAGCUGGACCAUCCUGUCCUGUGGUGAAAGGGGCAAGAGCGAUGAUUCCUGUCCUUCUCCCGUGUCGCCUUCCCACGCCACACCUGUGUCUGUGCACUUAUAAAGCAUUCCCUAGAAUGAUCACUGUGCUUAGCUUAGCGUUGUAAGUAUUCAAGUAUAUAUUUUCUUCGGUUAGGGUUCUUUACAAUUUCCAAUGUUAUCAUGAUUGUUUAUACGAAUGUAGAACACCUUGAUACUGCUUUUUUAUAUAUAUAUAAAGUAUUUAAUAAAAAUGAAAGAUUGAAUGUUAAUGUGUGGGUUGCAAAAGAAGCUUUAACACUAAUUUCCCAAAGGUUAGGAAAUUUCAGAUUAAAUGGAUGCCUUAUAAAAUUAUGUUGGAGAGAAAACAAUCCAUGUCUCCCAGGUGCAUUAAGAAAGGAGGAGGAAAAGAAAGACAGAAAUGAGAAGAAUGCCCAGGGUUGCUCACCCAUGCGGACACCACCCAAGUUCAAUUUGGUAGCUCAGUUUCUCUGCCUCGGACAGCUCCCGACCUGCUCAUACAGAGCCAUCCUGCUGGUGCUGGAGUCUGGAGAAGAUUUGAUUUGCAAUUUGGUGGUUGAGAGGUCAUCAGUUCAGUGACAUGUGUUUUUAUAGAAGAUGCUCAUGGCGCCUUCUUGAAGAGGAAGCAUCUGAGCUCAUCCCUCCCUAUGGUUUGAUUGCCUCCUGUGCAGAAUCGUACCGUCACUCAGAGGAACUACCAUUAAGCCCUGAAAUCCUCAUGAAUUAAACGUCAGAAUGAAAUCCCGAAGAGGCAGGUGAAAUUUCUCCUGAGUGAGAGCUGAAUCCUUACAAGUGAAGAAACUGGUUUCCGCUCCCAGCGCCCCUGGCUCCCCCCCUGUGUGACCACAUCUCUGCCGUGUGGGGUGUCCCAGUUCAGUGUAAAACCUCCAGCUCCUUCCACACAGCAGUGUGACUUUGUCACAGGUUAGCAAAAUAGUUGAUUGUUUUAAAACACUGUUUGGGUAUUUUCUACCUCUCGAUAAGCACCGUCUUUUAGCUCUUGUAUAAAAAGUUGGACCAUCUGCCUUAGAGACACACGUAGAGGACUGAUGUUCUUCCCGGUGUUGUGCCUGGUGCAGCUUUCGAUGUCGUACCCCCACCCACACGUCUUACUUAGGCCCCCCUUUUGCGAGUUUUGCAGCCGACCCGAAUAACGCGGAUCAUAACUACCGAAGGGGGAACUUUGUCUUUGUAAAUGUGUCAUUUCAAAUGACAAGAAUAGAAUUUGUGCAGUAGUUCCAUUGUGUCAACAAAGCAAUUCCGACUUCGGCCCAGAUUCCAUGAAAACCAAAGCCUAAUUUUUAAGCCUUUUCUUCUAAUGUUCAUAAUAAUUCUAUGGAGUCUGAAAUAAAAUGAUGUGGUAAAAAA